ACCGAAUAACAUGACAGUAAUCAUUGAUGUUUUAAAAUAAUAAUGCAUAUCUUUUUCACGCAAUAACAUAAAGGUAAUUGUUGUAAAUUUUUUAAUAAAAUUAUAAAAGAGAAAAAUAACAUGUUACAGAUGAUUAUAAAUUUUCUCCCUGUUUUAACAGAUCAAUAAUGGUCCUCACAGCAUCCCAGAACUCAGUGUAUACUGGGUGGAAAAUGGGGUAGAAGGGGUGAAGCAGAUAGAAGCCCUUCUAGUAAGAUACAGGGGAAGCCAGAGAAAACAUUUCAGAAAGAAAUAGUUACUGCUGAAGGCUUGUAAAGAGUGGUUCAUUUACAGCACAUACAUGAUAAGAUAUCUUGUACAUAUUUUGUGAUGCGUGGACUUUUACGUGGUACUUUGUACUGUGCACUGUGGUAUGGCAGUGUAGUGGCUGGAUUUUUAUUUAUUGCUUGUCCUAUGAUACCAUUGUUACUUUUCAGCCCUUUGAAAUUUCGAAAAUUCAAUGACUUCUUAUUUUCUUGUUGGGAACUUUAUUCUACAGCUCUUCUAAAAGUUUUCGGAGUAAAAAUUCUCGUAUCUGGAGAUCAUAUAUCUCCGGAUGAAUCUGCUAUACUUGUAAUGAACCAUAGAACCAGGGUAGAUUGGAAUUUCCUAUGGGCAGCGAUGUACCAAGCAUGCUUGCCUGGCAUAGCAGCUCACAGAUUAAAGUUUGUUUUAAAGGAUCCCAUACGGCACAUUCCAGGACCAGGGUGGAUAAUGCAAAUGAACGGUUUCCUUUAUAUAACACGACGAUGGGAAGAAGAUCAAAGUCGAUUGUCGCAUACCCUUAACUAUUUAGUAUCGUUGGACAGACGUUCUCAAUUAUUAAUAUUCCCGGAAGGUACAGAUUUAACGAAAAGUAGCAAGGAGAAAUCAGAUAAAUAUGCUGCGAAACAUGGAUUGCCACAAUAUUCUUUUACGCUCCAUCCGAAAACAACAGGAUUCAGUUAUUUAGUUCAUCAUCUCCAGCAAGCGAAUUACCUUGACGCUGUUUAUGAUUUAACAAUCGGAUAUCCUGACUAUGUUCCGCAGUCAGAGCUAGACUUAAUUAAAGGCAAAUUGCCGCAUGAGGUACAUUUUCACAUUAAAAGGAUAUCAUCGUCUGACAUGCCAACGGAUGAUGCACCAUUAAGACAAUGGUUAGAACGAAGAUGGUACAAAAAAGAAGAAGUGUUAGAACGAUUUUACGAAAAGAAAAGCUUUUCUACCGAAAUUUGGCCCUUAACAAACGUAUAUCCAUUACAAGUUGCAUUAUGCUUUUGGAGUACUUUAAUAGGUGCUACAGUCUUGUUGCUCAUUAUUUCACCCUUGUUUCAAUUGUGGGCAUUCACUCUUUCAACUUUCUUUGUUGUACUGUCAUUUUUUAGUACUGGUUUUAAUCAACUUGAAAUGGCAUGGUAUUGGCGAUGGAGGGCUCAUUUCUUGAAUCGAAAGCAAAGUUAAUAAGGUUCGAAAAUAUGCACUUCAGCGUGAGUAAACUUAAGCAUUACUUUCGAAUGUUUAUUUUCUUAAUAUUAUUAUAAAUGUACUGUACAUUCAUAACUUGUAAAGUAUAAAAAAAUAGUGAUGUAGUUAUGAAAUUGAAGCAUAUACAAUUUCAAAAUUUCUAUUUAAAACCUGCAAGCGAAGGCUAUUAAUUCUGUCGAGCCUCGAUAAAUGUUAAAAUAUAAUGUGAACUUGUGAAUUACAUUACGGUAACAUAUGGGAACAUUUAUUUUAUAAAUAGUAUUAGUAAAUGUAAUAAAACUGA